GGAUCUACACUCUGUAAUUGAAAUUUUCGCUCUGCAAAAAUGAUAGGGUAAUUGAAAUACGAAAUUGGUCUUUCGCUCUUCCUAGAUUCCCCACCACAAGAAUACUCAGCACCAUUAUUCUGGUUGGGAGUUUAGUAUGUGGAAGACCAUCAUCUUGAUUUCAAGGAAUGGAAGGAUAGCAUAUGAUGGAGAAGAGUCCGUGAACUCCAUCAUACAAUUGCUGCGGAUAUAAUCUCUUUAGGCGAUUCUCUAACUGGAAAUCAAACUAUUAUAUCAAAGGGUGGAAAUUUUGAAUUGGGUUUCUUCAAACCAGGUAAGUCUCAGAAUCACUAUAUAGGUAUUUGGUACAAAAAAGUCUCAGCUCAAACUGUAGUUUGGGUUGCUAAUAGAGAUACACCUAUUCUUGAUCCAUUUUCUUCGAAAUUCACAUUUUUAGAUGGAAACUUAGUUUUACUUGAUAAUUUAAGUCGAAUACCAAUUUGGUCUACUAAUUUAUCUUCAAAUACACUGAAUACAACUCAAGUAGUCCUUGGUGAUGAUGGGAAUCUUGUUUUAAGAGAUGGUUCUAAUCCAAAUGUUGUGUAUUGGUGGUGUUUUGAUAACCCAACUGAUACUUGGUUACCUGGUGGAAAACUUGGGUUCAAUAAGAAAACUAACCAAACUCAGAAACUUAUUUCAUGGAGAAGUCGGGAAGAUCCAGCCAUGGGAUUUUACAACUUGCAAUCUGAUUCAAGCGGAACAAGUCAGUAUUUUGUAUACCGCAACAACUCCGAACAAAUUUGGAAAAGUGGGGAGUGGAAUGAAGAAUCAAAAACUUUUCAAUCAGUUCCCGAGAUGAGAUUAAAUUACAUUUUCAAUUAUAGUUACAUUUCGAAUGAAAAUGAGAGUUAUUUUACUUACUCACUUUACAACAGUUCUAUUAUCUCUAGAUUUGUUAUAGAUUUUUCUGGCCGAAUCCAGCAGCUUACGUGGUCAGAAACAACACAAAGGUGGAAUUUGUUUUGGUCUCAACCCAAAUUGUGUGAUGUUUAUGGCAUUUGUGGUCCUUUUGGCAACUGUAACCAGCAGGAUAUCUACGGUAGCUGUGAGUGUUUGCCGGGCUUUGCCCCACGAUCUCCUACAGAUUGGAGUCUCAAGGAUUCAUCUGGUGGAUGUGUAAGGAGCACGCCUUUGCAAUGUGGGAGUGAAGAUGGAUUUUCACCAAUCCCAACCUCAGGAUUGCCUGAUAAACCCCUCUACUCAGAAAUAGAUAGCGCUGAAGAAUGCAAAUCAGCUUGCGAGGCUACAUGUUCUUGCAAUGCUUACGCUUUCGACUAUCGAUGUCAAUUGUGGGAUGGAGAUAUAAUAAAUUUCAAUAACAUUACAUCUUCUCGUUAUGCAACAACUGUUUUCAAUCUGAGACUAGCAGCCACGGAUAUACGCAGUCCUUCACCUGUCUCUAGCAGUCUCGUACCUGUUUCCACUGCUGCAGUUAGAAAGAGAAAGGUGAUAGUUUGGAAGAUCGUCGUACCUGUUUUCUUUUUGGUGGCAAGUGUCAUGGGCGUCAUAGGAUACAUUUAUCUGCUCAAGAGAAAUAAAGCUAAUAAAACUAAAAGAGAAAGAUCGAAAGCAGUACAAGGAGUGUCGACUGGUUUGUUAAAAUCCAAGGCUACCUACGACGACACUCAAAAUACAAACAUGUUUGAUGAUGGUAAAACAAAUGGUGAAUCACAGGAAUUGCAAAUGUUUGGUUUUACUUGUUUAGCCAAUGCUACAAACAAUUUCGGCUUGACAAAUAAAUUGGGAGAAGGAGGUUUUGGACCAGUUUAUAAGGGAAAAUUGCAAAAUGAGCAGCAAAUAGCGGUGAAAAGAUUGUCUAAAAACUCUGGACAGGAAAUAUUAUCAAGAACCCUAAGGUUAGUCUAUAUUAAUAACGAUUGAUUCAAAGGAUGAACCAGUGGAUUCUGGAUUUCAAGGUAGGAGUGGUUUGCUUUCAAAACAGGUGGGAACUCUAUAACCUUCUUGUAAUCAUUGAGUUUACCUUAUAUGCGAGCAUGAUGAGUUCUUAUUAUCGUUGAACAUGAUGUUUGUAAUUGAAUGGGUAUGUUGUGUAAUAUGCGUUAUGUGGUUCCCUGCGAGGAGUUUCUGUGAUUCCUCAUAGCUUCUUGCUAAGUUCUAGAAGGGUGGUAACUCAUCAGUUUACAAUAUUACUUAGAAGCGCGGUAACUCAUCCGUUAGCAAUAUUACUUACUUUCUUGCUUAUUAAGAUAGAACGACGGUAACUCAUUCGUAUGAAAUAUUACCAUAGAAGGGCGGUAACUCAUCCGUUUCGAUAGUAUAUAUACUAUUUUAUUUGGGGAAUUCACUCAUAUGCAUAUCAUACUUGAUUGUUCAGUCUUAGCAGUAUGACUGGGUCACUAUGACCUUGACUUAGGAAGAAAUUCUAGGUUCAUGACUGGAUAUGGUCAUUAUUUGGAGACUUCGUCCUACGAAUAAUGAUUGGGCCUUUUGUGAACCUGCUGUGCGAGGUCAGAUCAUAGUAAUCAAAACCUUAUUAUAUUCUAGACUUAUAUGGUGGCAUUGGAUUUUAUGAGGUAUACGCAUUCCACGAUAAAUCUUACGGUACCUGGAUUCAUGCUAUCAUUUGAGACGGGAGUUAUUCCUAGCAUCUUCUUCUCCAUUGAGUGAGACGAAGUUAGGAUAACAUAUGUAUAGGUUGUUUAAUUUAAUUCUCGUUGAUCCAUCCGGUGGUGGAUCUUUCAUGGAUAUUGCCACUAUGGACGCAAUAUCUGGGGAAAAGAGUUGAAGCAAUCUUAUACUUCGUGUUGGGUGCUAAAGGUGUUAUCUGUAUCUCUUCUAUUGUUCUGUUCCUUUUAAAUUUAUUAUCUUUUAGAACGGUGAAUCAUGUUAGUGAUUACUUGAAAGUUAUAUGUUUCCAUUAGGCACCCCUUUGGGAUGAUGUGCUCACUUGUUCGCACUUCAGUUUCAGUAAUCAGAAGAAAUGGUGCGCGUGAAG